CUGAGGGGGGGCCCAAGUUAGACACAUUGGACAUGAUCAAGAUACGCAUAGCACAACUCAAGUUCCGUCGCAAGGUGCUGUUGAAGGGAGUGCAGUUCAGGAUGAGGGUAUCGGAGAGCCAGGAGGAGGAAGUGCAGUCCCCUGAGCUAGCGGCGAUCUCAGCUGAGCUUCGACACCUGACAUGUAAAGCGAGAGAACUGGGCUUCUUUGAAGAUGACGACGAGGAUUUGACAAGUCCUACGGCAGAGGAAUGCCUCCACUGGCCUGCACCGCCUCCAUGUGAACGUGUCCCCAAUGCUAAUGAAGAAGUUCCUAUUGCAGAACUGGGCAGGGAGCCUGGCGUCACCGGGUGCCCCAACUGUGGAGAGGUCGUAACCACAAAAAUUGUCAAGAAACGGGGAGAUGCCAAUUGGAUGCUGUGUUGCCUGUUGGCCAUGUUCGGGUGUAUUGGCGGAUGCUGUUUGAUUCCUUUCUGCGUUGGCAACCUCAUGGACGUCCAACACAGCUGUCCAUCGUGCCAGACCACAAUACACAAACGAGAAAAAAUAUGACACUAUCGUUUGACUGUAUGGAAAAUAUGAAAUCACUCAUCCAUUCAUUGAGUGAGUGGAGUGAAGUCUGGAAUGAAGGACUGAUAUUUAAAGGUGAUUAUAU